AUGUCGUCGUUUGCUCUCUCGUCACGGGUAUUUCGCCCCUCCCUGAAGCGGUCGCGCGUUUGCACAACCUCCGGCGGGUCAACCGCGGCGCGGGCGGAGGCCAAGGAGGUCAAAGUAUGCACAAACAAGGAAUGCAAACGAGGGGGGUCGAAAAAGACUCUGGCGUUGUUCGAAGCGCUCGGCCUUGAGGGCGUGGAAAUCGUGGAGAUCCGCUGUUUGGGCGAGUGCGGGAUGGGACCGAACGUGCAAAUCAACGGGGACGACGGGCCGAUAAUCAACGGCGUCAAGACGGAAGAUGACGUAAAGAAGGUGGUGGACAGGCUGAUGAUGGAGAGUUGA